CAGCACACAAAGAGGAAGAGGAGGGUUUUCCUGUCAGUCAAACUGCUGCUGGUCUGAUUCCAUCCAGCUGCAGAAUGGAGGGAACAUGUGUCCAGAUGCUGCUGGCUCUGAUCUCACUGCUGUGCUGCACAACAAACGGAGCUCGUCUGAACAUCAGUCCCAGCAGAUCUCAGCUGUUUGAAGGAGACUUUGUGUCUCUGAUCUGUGAGGAGGACGACAGCUCUGCUGGAUGGACGGUGAGGAGAAACACCACCAGACAACUGUCUGAGUGUGGAGAUAGAUGGAGGAAAGCAGCUGGUUCAUCCUGUAACAUCAGUGUUGUCUUCACAAGGGACUCUGGAGUUUACUGGUGUGAGUCCAGAGAGGGAGCAACCAGUAACAGCAUCACCCUCACUGUCACUGGUGGAUCAGUGAUCCUGCAGAGUCCUGUCCUCCCUGUGAUGGAGGGAGAUGACCUCACUCUGAGCUGUCAAUCAAAGUCUCCCUCCAACCUCCCAGCUGCUUUUUAUAAAGAUGGCUCCCUCAUCAGAACUGAGUCUACAGGUAACAUGACCCUCCACCAUGUUACCAGGUCUGAUGGAGGUCUCUACAGGUGUAACAUCAGCAGUCAUGGAGAGUCUCCACCCAGCUGGAUCUCUGUCACAGGCAAACUUACAACCACAACCCCGCCUACAUCAGUUGCACCGCCCCUCAUCUCAUCCUCAUCGUCCCUCCAUCUUGUGUUCACUCUGCUCCUCCACCUACUGGUGUUCUGUCCGUACUUCAUCUCCACCCUCCUCAUGGUGUCUUUAUAUCGACACAGAGACACAGGAAGUGACGUACCCGUCUCCAUGGUGAUGACUCCAUCCUCCCAGGCUGAUCAGGGAUUGGAUGAUGACCAUAAUGAUGUCACCACAGAGCAUCAUUUAAACUGAGCUGAACAUCUCAUCUCUCUCUUCUUCUGCUCUUCUUGUCUUCAAACUUUAGAAACCACAUGUUUCCAGAACUGAGCUCAGCAUGUGUUAAGGAGGCGCUAGCACCCUCCUCAGCUUCAUUUAAACUUUUUUCUGAAGGAGAAUAAAUAUGGACACGUCAUCCAGUUUUUACUCUUUAUUUAUAUUCAUCCUACAAAUAUCAUUCUUUAUCUCUCAGAACGUGUCUUAUGAGGAUUUUGUCGUUGUUGGAGGAGGCCCGACUUCAAUUCACUUGCAAAGUGUACGGGCAUAAAAUAUGGAACAAAAUAGUCCUCAUUUUAUAAAUGUACUAACUCUAAACACCCUGUUUCCAGGAAAACCAACAUGAUGUGUAAAAUGUAAAUAAAGCCACAAUGAAUUACUUGAAGCUUGAAAAGGGAAACUUUUCCUGUUUCAUGGAGAAUAUCAGAUUAUCCUGUAUUUUCAG